UACAACAUUCACUCGUUGGCAUCGCCCAUAUCAACGUUCUCUCUUCACCAUGCUUUCUUCCACGGUCCAAAAUUUAGUCUACGACAUUAAAAUCUCAUCCGUCGGGCCGAGUCGGGUCACGGGUACCGACGUAGUCCACGAGCUUAAUGGAAUUGACUUGGCCAUGAAACUUCACUCUAGCCAAGCCGCCCAAGGGCUAACCGUCAUGCAAAUCAAGGAAUCCCUGUUCCACUGGUGCAAUGAUUACUACGUCACUAGUGGCCGCUUCCGGCGGUCCGACACCGGGCGGCCAUAUGUGAAGUGCAACGAUUGCGGCGUCAGGAUGAUUGAGGCACAGUGCAGCAAGACAGUGGAUGAAUGGCUACAAAUGAAAGACUGUUCCCUGAACAAGCUGCUUGUAUACCAUCUGCCUAUUGGUCCUGAAAUAUCAUUCUCUCCUUCGUGUUACAUUCAGUUCACUGAUUUCAAAUGCGGAGGAAUGUCGGUUGGCUUGAGCUGGGCCCAUAUUCUUGGAGACCCAUUUUCUGCUUCCGAAUGUAUCAACACAUGGGGUCUAUUUCUUUCUGGUCUCAAGUCCAAUGGGCCUCUACAGAUCAUGAAAAAAUCACCCGAAAGGCCUGAAAAGUCCGAAAACGUAAGAGCGGCAGUGCUUGCACUGAAGCGGGUCGAACCGGUCGGCGAUCUUUGGGUAACGGCCAAUAACUGCAAAAUGGAAACAUUCUCGGGGUAUUUAACUGCCGUACAGAUAUCCCACUUGCUCUCAAAUAUUUGGGGGCAAAGCUCAGUCGAAGAAGUCCCACUGUUCGAGUCACUCUGUGCAACAAUGUGGCAAUGCAUUGCCAAAGUCAGAGACGGGCAUGAACCCAGAAGAGUGACUGUUUGCAAGAAAGAUCCUGAUUACCCAGAAAGUGGGAUCUUGAGCAAUGGCCAAAUUAUAAGCACCAUCGAGACAGAUUCUCCUGUCGCAGACUCAAAUCUCAGAAAGCUGGCAAUACUGCUAGGCGAUCGAGCCACUGAUAAGAAAAAACAAAUUGGAGAAAUAGUAGAGAAAGAUAAUGGAGUUCUCGACUACAUUGUUUAUGGUGCAAAUUUGACAUUCUUGAAUCUUGAAGAAGCUAACAUAUAUGGACUGGAAUGGAAGGGAAAUAAACCGAUAUUCGUCCACUACAGCAUUCAAGGUGUUGGAGAUGAAGGUGCUGUUAUAGUGCUCCCAUGGCCGGAAGAUGACGGCAAGCGUGGCGAUACAGGAAGAGUUGUGACGGUGAUUUUGCCGGAAAAAGAAAUGAUUGAGCUUAAAUCUGAGCUGAAGGAGAAGGGUCUACUACUCGAUAGUGAGCUCGAAUGAGAGCACUGUGAUCAUACGAUUAAUUAUCUUUUUCAAAAUCAGAUGCCAGUGUUUCGGAAUAAAUUUCUAAACUUUAUAUGUUAAUUACUCUUCUCUUUUACUUAAUCAGAACUUAUCAAAUUGAUAUCUUUUACCAAAUUAGUGUUACUUUUUUUAA